CUUCUAUUUCAGCUUCUCUCUCCUGCUGCAGAAGCUCGAGUGUCUUGGACACAAACUGUUCAACUGCCAUGAUUCACUGAGAAGAUGUUUCGUACAGCAACGAACCACGUUACCACAAUGAGAACGACGUUUUUCCUGCUGCACAUCAUCUCAUGCAGCUGGCUGGUCAGUGCCACACUUUCCAAAACCGAUGCAAAGAAGUCUCACAAAACAGACACUGAGACAUCUCCCGCUGAGCUGUCAGUGUUGGAAAGAGGCCUCGUUGUGUCAGACCUGCACUGGAAAGACGUAGUGAAGGAGGAAAAGAGGUAUUCUGCUCACAUCAAGAGGACGUUUCAAGGAUCAGUGCUGGGAUAUGUCACUCCCUGGAAUUCCCACGGUUACGACAUCGCCAAGUUGUUCGGCUCCAAACUGACCUCGGUGUCUCCAGUGUGGCUUCAGCUCCGCCGACGAGGACCUGAAACCUUUGACGUUACAGGACUCCACGACCACGACCCAGGAUGGGUCAAAGCCGUACGCAAGUCCAACAAGAAAGUCAGGAUGGUGCCUCGGCUUCUGUUUGACGGCUGGUCCUACCAGGACUACAUGAGCGUGCUGGGCAGUGAGGACGAGGUCGAGGAGCUGGGCAGUGAGCUGGUGGACGUGGCAAAAACCGAAGGCUUUGAUGGUUUUACUCUGGAGCUAUGGAGCCAGCUGGGAGGCAACAAGAGGAAGGAACUGGUGCAUUUGGUGAAACAUAUAUGCGAGACUUUGAAGGCUAAGAGACUGGACUGCAUUCUUGUAAUUCCGCCCGCUGUGACCAGCACGGGGCAGCCAGGCAUGUUCGGCAGGGACGAGUUCGAGCAGUUGGCCCCAGCGGUGGAUGGAUUCAGCCUCAUGACAUACGACUACUCGAAUGGAGCCAGACCCGGUCCGGGCUCUCCCCUGCCCUGGGUACGAGACUGUGUCCUCCAGCUGGCACCCGGCUCUCAGUGGAGGCAUAAGAUCCUGCUCGGACUCAACUUGUACGGGCUUGACUUUGCAAACCAGGGAACAGAGCCGAUCCUGGGAGGACGGUACAUUGAGAUUUUGCGUGAGCACCGGCCAAAACUCCUCUGGGAUGAAUAUUCAGCAGAGCAUUAUUUCACGUACAAGAGAAACAACGCUGGGAAGCACGUGUUGUACUAUCCAUCACUGAAGUCAAUCCACUUGAGAAUCUCUCUGGCUAUUGAACUGGGAACAGGAAUUUCCUUAUGGGAACUGGGACAAGGACUGGAUUAUUUCUAUGAUCUCCUAUGAGCACUGGACUUGAAGACUGUGGAUUUUGGAUCAUCAGCAUCGUCCUUUUUAUUUUCCUCCCUGAACCACUCUUGGAAACAAGCGACCAAGGGUUUAAUCAUGUUGGUUGAGAGUCAUGAACGUGUUCUUGUCUGCAUGAAUAAAACUGGGAUCUGUUAGUUUCCGAAAGAUACAAAAAUACGCAGUAGGCACUUCAAUAGACUUUGCUUCUUUUCAUGACUUUUAUGGUGGAAAACGAGUCACAUCCUGUACAGUUGCGUCAGUGCAGUAACACGUGUCCAUUCAACAGUCGAAGGUGCAUGAUCGUCAGUUAAGUGGCCUCUUCUCACUCUUCUCUAAAUCCAGAAAUGUUUUUUCGAACACACAUUUUGCUCUCGGGUCUGAGUUUGUGGAGCUUGUUUUUAGUCCUUUGAACACUUCAGUCACCAGUCAGGCCUGCGUCUACUCAACACAUUUGAUUGUGUGGCCUUUUGUUACAUCUUUAUCAAGCUGUAUUUAUAAAGCUGCCUAAGGUCUGUUCUGAUCCAGCUUCUUCCGAACUUUGUUUCUGAAUGUUUGUUUAACAUGAACAUAAAGGUGAAAGGAGUGA